UGGUCACGUGAGUUAACGCGUGGAGGACGCUGGUCUUGAUGUGCCUGUGGCGAGGAGGAGGAGGCGGCUGCUGCCCGGGAGUGAAGGAAGGAGUGAGUGAGGGAGCUUCAGGGAAAUGUCCGGUAAAGAAAUUAAGGGUACAUUGAAAAAUGCAAGGGAAGCUAUUAGAAAUAAAGAAUAUAAAGAGGCACUGAAGCAUUGCAAGGCUGUAUUAAAACAAGAUAAGAAUAAUUACAAUGCUUGGGUUUUUAUUGGAGUUGCUGCAACAGAAUUGGACCAACCUGACCAGGCAAAGACUGCAUAUAAAAAGGCUACAGAACUUGAUCCAGACCAAUUGUUGGCAUGGCAGGGUUUACAAAAUUUAACUGAGAAGAAUAAUACAUCUGAUAACAGACAUGAGCUAUCGGGAAUUUACCAAAAGCUAAUGGAACUGUAUGAAAGUUCUGAUAAGCAAAAAUGGCAUGAAGUCUGCCUAAAAUUAAUUGAUCUCUAUCAACAAGAAAAAAAAUAUCCAGAGGCUGCUAAAACGUGGAAUCGAUUAAUACAGCUAAAGCAACAAGAUGGAGCUGAUAAACAAGAACUUCAUCAGUUGUGGAAGAAGACGAUCCAGUUAUUUGGGGACAAAGCAGAGAAUCAAGACAAUGAAACCCAGCAACUGUUGAUAACUGCAUUUGAAAAUGUUCUUUCAUCUCUGGACAAGAUUCCAAGUGACAAUCAUCAGAAGCUUUCCACUGACUAUAUUAAAUUUCUGUCAAAACUUCCACACGAAGGGGAUAAAUUAAAACUAACUUGCGAGGCUUUGAUAGCCCAGUAUCCUAAAUCUUCAUCUUUGCUACAAGUACUUGCUGGGCAUUUCAUGCAAACAGAGUGUUUUAGUGAAGAGGCUUUUCAGUGUUAUACAAGACUUAAUAAGAUGGAACCAAUGAAUGGACUAGGCCUAAUAGGACAAGGGAUCAAAAACAUGCAAGAACAGAAAUAUGAAGAAGCUGCAAAAAACCUCACUGAAGGGUUAAAACAUGCACGAACAACAGUUAUAGCCUGGCUUUAUCUCGCAGAAAUUCAAUUCCGGAUGCACAGAUAUGAAGAAACAAUCAGUUCUUGCAGGCAAGGUCUGAAAUGGUUAGAAAAGAGUGUCCAUGAUGGGAACAGGUAUCAAAAACCCAAGUUGCAGUUUUUGCAAGCAGAAGCUCUGGUCAAAUCUGGUGACGCAGAUAAUGCAGAUAUAGCCUUUGGCAUCUUGGAGCAGCUUCCUAAUAAUGAACCGGUACAACUUGCCAUGAAAGGUCAAGCAUAUUUGAAUAAGGGACAAAUGGAACAAGCAUCUAAGAUUUCAACAGAUCUUACAAGAUCGCAUUCUGACUUGGCUGAGUCAUGGGAACUCCAAGGCCUUAUUGACUAUAAGCAAAAAAAUUACAUGCAGGCAGAACUAAGUUUCCGGAAAGCUCUGAAAAUAAAUGAAGACUGUGGCGAAUAUUACUACUACCUUGGACUAACGUACUGGUUUAUGGGGGAGGAGAUGAGAAAAGAUAAAACUAAAACAGCUACUCAUUUAUUAAAGGCUGCUAAAUUGGACACAUACAAUGGAAAAACAUUUUGCUACUUGGGCCAUUACUAUCGAGAUGUAGUACAAGAUAAAAGCAGAGCCCGGGGAUGCUACAAAAAAGCCUUUGAGCUGAACAACAGUGAUGAAGAAGCUGGAACUGCGGCUGUUGAUCUCAGUGUUGCACUGGGAGAUAUGGAAACCGCUCUCGCAGUUCUGAAAAUAGUGACUGAUCAGUCGAGUGCUGGAGCUGCCAAAUGGGCGUGGCUUAGGCGAGGACUUUAUUACCUGAGAGUGAACCAGAAUUCCCAAGCUGUUGCAGACUUACAAGCAGCUUUGAGGGCAGACCCAAUAGACUCAAAUUGCUGGGAAUGUUUAGGAGAGGCUUAUCUCAGCAGAGGAGGCUACACUGCUGCUCUAAAGGCCUUCACAAAAGCCAAUGAACUCAACCCAGAUGCUGUGUACAACAUUUACAAGAUAGCCCUCAUCAAGCAGAUUCUUGGCAAGUAUGCAGAUGCAAUUGCAGAGUAUACACAAAUAAUUCAAAAGUCGGAAAACUACGUGCCAGCUCUCAAAGGCCUAGGGGAAUGCUACUUAAUGAUGUCACGAAAUGCUCUCAAGGAUUAUUUGGAUGGGAGAGCUUUGGAUUCAGCUGAACAGGCACUUCAGUACUUAGCUGGUGCAGUGCAAUAUCGACCUGAUGUAUCCUGUCUUUGGAAGCUAAUUGGAGACACAUGUACCACACUCCAUGUUCUGUCACCAGCAAAAGUUAAUGUUGAAGUCCAUUUUGUUCUCUUUGCACAGAUUGAAAAAACUAAUGUGCACACUUUAAACAAAAGUGAGCUACUUUCCCUUGGAGGAAGAUGCUAUGUGCGAGCCCUUUCGCUGAUGUCUAGAUCUGCCAAUCUGUGGUGUGACCUUGGUGUGAAUUAUUACCGACAGGCACAAUGCCUGGCAGCACACCACGACACAGGAGAAGAAAAUACCGUGUACGAGUUGCUUGAAAAAUCACUGCAGUGCCUUAAAAAGUCUGUGAUGUUGAACAGCAAAAAUCAUCAAUACUGGAACGCACUUGGAGUUGUUGCCAGUUGCAAAGGUAUUGAAAACUAUGCUCUUGCACAGCAUUCAUUCAUUAAAUCUGUUCAGGUUGAACAAAACAAUGUAGUGGCUUGGACCAACCUGGGGGCAACUUAUUUGAAGAAUGAAAGCGUUGAGCUUGCCCAUGAAGCCUUUAAGGUAGCCCAGUCUUUGGAACCCUCAUAUGUUAUAUGCUGGAUUGGACAGGCACUUAUUGCAGAAGCUGUUGGCAGCUAUGAGACAAUGGACUUAUUUAGACAUACAACUGAACUUGGUGUCAAUACUGAAGGUGCUAAAGGUUAUGCACACUGGGUGUGUGCAACACUGCAGGAUAAAUCAAAUAGAAAUUCAGAACUGUACAAGUACAACAUUAUACAGAUGAAUGCAAUAUCUGCUGCCCAGAUUGUCAUGAGCAAGUACACAGAGAGAAUUCGGACCGAUCCGAUAGCUUUCACAAUGUUGGGUUAUUUAAAUGAGUAUUUAAACCUGAAAAAACAAGCAGCAGAGGCGUAUCACAGAGCAGUAAUGUUAUUACAAAAUGCCAAAGACAAUGAGAAACUGCUGCUCGCUCGAAGAAAUUGGGCUCGAGCCUUAUGUACUGCAGGUCACUAUCAAGAGUCCAUCCAGGCUUAUGUGUCAAAUUCACUCACAGAGUUUGAUGACAUUACUGGAAUUGCCUUGGCUUACUUCAAGAAAGGCCAACUUCCGGAGAGUGCCAAAGCUUAUGAAAAGGCUUUAAGUAUUGCUCAGACGGAGAAAGAGAAGGCUCAUAUCCUGAUUGCGCUUGCCAUGAUUGAGAUAAAAAGCAACAGAAUGGACAAUGCUAAGACUUUACUUUUCAAGUGCUCAAUGCUGAAGGAGCCCAGUGUGGAGAGUCUUCAGGCAUUGUGUGCUCUGGGACUCUUGAAGAAGGAUACCACUCUCACUACAGCAGCACUUAAUGAGCUGUUCAAACACUGGGAUAAGAUUGCUUCAACUUAUGAAACAUCACUUCUUUCUUCAGGAAUGUUUUCUUUGCAAAGUAACAGUUUAGCUGUACAGAGACAGGCAUCAAAAGCUGUUCAUAGCAAUCCAGCAGAUCCUGCCCUUUGGACAUUAUUAUGCAGAGUUGUUCCUCAACAUACUCCCCAAAAGGCGGAAGGUGGGGUAGUGGCUGGCAAUGUAGCACAGAUCCUCAGUUCUCAUCAUUCAAAGAAUGCUCUUUUGUUCAGUGCUGUAAACCAGAUAGCAGCAGGAAAACAUGCUGCAAUUGAUAACAAUGAUAAUGCAUUAAAGACUAUCCAAAAGACAAUCCAUCUUUAUCCAGAUGAUCCCACUGUGUGGGCCAGCUUAAUGGCAGCGUUACACAUGGAAAAAACAUUAGCUCAUUUAAAUGGCAAACAUUCAAAACUAACUGCAUCAGAAGAACUGUUUGUUGUAGCAAUCACAUCAAAAAUAAAGACAGAGAAGACCAUGCCAGCUUUCUAUCUUCAAUCCCUGGAGAACUGGUCUUUGCAGCAGGCUGCUACUGGAUUAAAAGAAAUGGGCAGGCAUUCUGAUGCUGAAGCUUUCUGCAAUAAAGUACUAGAGAGGUAUCCAGACCACCCUGCAGUGUUCCUAUUGCUGAGGCAGAUUCAAUGUGAACAGCUCUUGCUUUCACACCAGCAGCUUCCUGAUACAGUUUUAGAAGAACUGAAGAAGGCAGUGAUGUCAAAUUUCACAUCGAUUACAGCUUGGCAUUGGUUGGCAGAAAUAUAUAAAUCCCAGGGUUUGAUGGUAGCUGCAGAGAUGUGCUACAGACAAGGUUUGCAACUGUCUUCAAAACAAGGUGAUACGAGUGGCAAGUUGUCAAGUCUGCUCCGAUUAGCACUGCUUGCACUUUCACUUGGCACGGUAAAACUUCAAAACCAUCGAUGGACAUCACUAGUGAAAGAAGCAACCAAUGAAGCUCAGAAGAUCUGCUUCUGUCCUUUAGCUGGUCUAUUCCAAGCACUUCUGCAAUUUAUAGUUAAAGUGGGAGCAAGGGAGACUCGACGGCUUUUGGAAAGAGUAGUAUAUCAACCAGGUUACACUGAAAGCAUUGCCACAGUUGGACGUUGGUACCUCCUGAGACAUUUGUGGGCCAAAAAUGAUGACACACUUAUUGAGGUUUUACUUCAAAAUGCAAAAAUGAAGGGUGAUUCCAGAGUCGAAAAACUGUACCAGAAGCUAAAUGAGUCAUCAUGAUUACUGCAUGGAAACAAGAUCUUCCUCUGAACACUUGAGCAAUAAACUGUAGGAUGGGAAUUAUAGCUUUGGUUGCUAAUAUUACUUGGAGUCCUGGCUGUACCUUUAGCUGUUUUGUUUUUUUUAAGCAAUAUCACUAUUCUGCUAUUCACUGCACAUUGGAUUAUGUGAAAAGAAACAGCAUAUUAUUGUGAAUGUAUACUUUCACAUCUUUCCCAUCAUCAUAUUGUCAUACCUUGUGCAACUGAACAUGCUGUCAAGGCCAAGUAGCAUGCCAAAUUUAUUUAGUUUUAGAUAAAUGCUGUCAUUGUAACUUGACCAUUGAUCUGUAAUAUUGCAGUAUAAAUACAAAAUGACAAUAAUUUUUGAACAUUUGUUGCAGAGGUUCUUUAUAAUAUCACAAGCUAUGCAUUCACAUGACUCCCUGCUGAAAAUGGUAGUUAUAUUAAAUAAACUACUUUGCCCCAAUUUAACCUUUCAUGUUUAAGACUGUUAUGUCACCACUAAGUCGGCUGUUCGAGACAAACCUUUGCAGCAAAUGUAUUCAAUAUAACUAAUUUUCUAUUGGAUAGCAAAUAUGCAAGUUUCAUAUUGAAGUAAAAUCUAAAGACUGUUCAUCAAAAGAACCAUUUAUAGAAGUUGAAAAAUGCUGAAAAUUUAGAAUUAAAUUACGCAGCCUUUGGGAAGAUAAAUAGUCUAUGGGAGAAAUCCUGAUGGACAAGGUCCUUCACCUAGAAUCUCUGCCCCCAGUCCUCACUGCCUGUGCAAUUGCUUAGGAUGGAUGUGGAGUGCACCAACCCUCUGCACCUCUAAUUCUAAUGAUGUCCCAUAAAUGAAUGGGCAUCAGGCACUUUAGUUUGUAGGCCUUGCCACCUAAAACACCCCAGAUAUUCUUACAAAGCCGGAACUGGGGUGUUCCCAGGUGAAAUUUGCAAAUUUCACGUAAAAAUUAUUAAAACUUAAUAAGGUAGUGAAACAUUUAAAAACAAAAAGGGAACUUCAAAUGCUAAAUCAAAGCAAAAUAAUUUGAAAGAAAAUUAAUUCCCCUAUUCUUUAUCUACAGGACUAAUCCCUCUUGGAACCAGUGGAGUUUCAAAUUCUGUUCUGAUGGACUCUAGAUUAUGCUCAAGGGAUAUAAGAAUAUCUGUCAGAUGGUAUGUCCUGGACUUGUGCACAUGAAUGUGCGCAUGUGGAGGUCUAGGACGUGCAGCUGUCCUGUACUAACAAUUAAGUACUGGUUAUUGCAAUCAGAACUUCCAGCAAAACUCAUUAGUAGCCAAAGUAGAAAUCAUGACUAACGUUAAAUGUCAAAAUGGGGGAGGUGCCAUAUUAGUCAGCUUGCAGUGGAAAUCAGAAACAAUGACUGUAUUGAUCUCUUUAAUAUUUAAUACUUGUAGAAUGUGUCAACAAAAUAUGUUUUGGGGCAUAAAAAUAGUAUAACACAAUUAGCAUGUUAAGCUGCAUAAUUCUAGUUGAAGCUGUUUCCAAUUAUGAUAAAUACUACCUUUCCAACACUUCCUGAGCAAAGAACAUAAGAAAGCAGUUAAACCAUACUUAAACAACUUUGAUGGCCUUGUACACUUAUAGUGUAACUUUCUUUAAACCAAAGGCAAAUGAUUGCUAAUAUCACAUAAAUAUUAAAUUGUGCAUCGUUGUUGGCUAUUGUUAUUUUAUUAUGAAUGAAGUGAACACAACCUAGCCAAAUAUCUGCACUUUAUUCAAAAGUAUAAUGUAAUACAUUUAUUUGUAAGAUCAUGUGCUCGCAUCUAGAAUAUACUCGGCAGACAACUACAUUAAAAUAUUGAUAAAAUAUGUUACAGGUUCAUUUGAAUUAUGUAGAAAUAUGCAAUAUCUGUGCCAUUUAUCUUGCAGCACCUGAUCGUUAAAUCAAAAUAUAAAUGAAAGUGAACCCUUAAAAUAACUACAUCUGAAUGCCAUCAUUUUAAUAACAUUAAAAAAUACCAGCUUACAUUUGUGAUAAUCUUGUAUACGCAAGAUAUUUUGAGAGUUUGUUUAUACAAAGUUAUGAACAAGUAUAGUGUCAAAACUAAGAUUAAAACAAUGCUGGAAAUGCUAGAGGUCAACAAAUAGGCAUAAUUUGAAAAAGGGAUAUAACUUUCUAAAGGGGAAGGGAGGAAGAUUGAAAGGGAAGUUCUGAGAUAAGCAUGAGAAAUCAGAGAAUAAAACUGAAGAUGGUACAGAAGAAUAUUAAGGAAAAACAACCUAAAUGACCAUGUGAUUAGACAAUUCAUGUUGAAUUGUAUGUUGAAUCUGGAAGUCUGUAUUAUGUUUGGACCUUCAAGGACCUUAAGGUGGUCCUUCAAGUUUUUAUUAAUUUUACGAAAUUCAAAUCGUUUUCAUUGUCAAGGUUACAGUUGGGAUAGGACAGAGGAUUCAAGGAACAAGUGCUCAGAUGCUUGUUUGAAGUUAUUCUCCAAAAGCAGCAUCUAAUUUGUACUUGGGUUCAUCAAUAUAGGGGGUCUAUGUCAGGAACAGUCAAUACAGUAGACCAAAUUGAAAUAGAUAAUUACUUUCACCUGAAUAUGGGUGUUAGAAGAAGCAAGUGAGAGCAAGCAUUUCAGGUGUUGAUGGUGAUUAAAAUUGAACCAGGACUAAUAUCAAAAUGGGUGGAUAAAUCUAUACAGCUCUGUAAAGAUGAAGAUUUUAAUUGGGCACCAAUGGAAGUUUUUUGACAUUGUUCUUUCUGCAUCAUUCCGGAUAACUAAAAAUAAAAAUAUUUUUUUAGUUCUGCCAAAUUUAUAGUGCCCAAUUGCAGUUCCUUU